UUCAUUCGUUUGCAUUUAUCAGUAAGAUCUCUCUUCUUCUUCUUCUUGAACCACCAAUCCCCUUGUUUCAGAGAAAUUUAUACCAAAUUAAAGGAGAAGUGUCGAAAUGUCGGGUGUUUCUCUCGCUGUGAAUCCACCAUAUGAACCUAAUAGAACCACUGUUUCAGCAACAAAGGCUCCGCUUCAGCGACAGGAAAAGCAGAAUUCGAUGGUAGGAGGUUUAAUGGGAUCAUUGCGUGUUAUAGAACUUCAACUAGUAGCCUUCAUUAUGGUUUUCUCAGUUAGUGGCCUUGUCCCGCUACUUGAUCUAGUCUUCCCAGCCUUCACCUCUGCUUAUCUUCUAGCCCUCUCGCCCUUCGCUUUCCCUUCAUAUGGCAGAACCUCAUCAGAGAUUUUCCAAGGAAGCAGAUUUUUUAGAUUCUACGUCAUUUUGGGAACAACCAUAGGACUGUUCUUGCCCCUAGCCUACGUGUUGGGUGGGUUUGCAAGGGGUCAUGAUCAAGCAGACGGGUCAGUAACAGCUCAUUUGUUCUUGCUCUCGUUUCAGAUCCUUACUGAGAACAUAAUAAGUGGUCUGUCGUUGUUUUCACCGCCAGUGAGGGCAUUAGUACCCUUGCUUUAUACAGUCAGGAGGAGCUUUGUUAACAUUGAUUGGAUAAGCGAUGUGUGGCUCACCAAAACUCUACCAGCAACUGCUCAAGUUAAGGACAUUGCGUGGUAUUCGUUUGGGAGGAGUCUAGCAGCUGCCAAUCUAGCAUAUUUCUCAAUCAAUCUUCUUCUUUUUUUGAUCCCGAAAUUCCUUCCACGGGCUUUUGAGAAGUAUUUCAGGGAUAUGGAUGAAAAUGAAUCAAAGAUGGCAGAGGACAAGCGUUUUGCCGCUGCAAACAAAACCAAAUCAGCAGAUAAGAAAGCUGCUUGGUUCACUUCUGUUUAUUUAUCAUCACAUUUGGAGCAGUUCUUCUACUUGUGCAAGGAUUUUUUUUUUUGGUUAUAAAAGGACAUGUUUCUGAUCAGCAAC